AUGAUUCGUCCCAGUGUCGACUAUCACAUCAAACAAUUGGAUAUAAGUCCUCCUUCUUCAUCAGAUAACUCAUCAAUCCUCAUCAUCGUCGACACAUUAUCUGAUGACGACAUUCAACUUUUCCCAAGCGUUAUCUUCCACAUCAGUCUCCGUAGUUUAAGUCUCCCUUACAUCCGAGACCUUAUCCAAGGUCAACUCAUCAGACGCCGUUGGCUAGGCCCAGAGAUCUCAACGGCUGCAACACAACUAGGGUUUAGUAGCAAGGAGCUUCUUCGAGAUCCACUCGUCAUCCAUCGUUGGUUAUCUGAUUACUUAGCCCCAAAUAUCUCUGAUCUUGCAUCUGAGUUAGGCUUUGGUCGUAACGGUUUUAGUGUGUCCAUCGUUGUCAAGAUCGUUACUCAAUCCACAUCCAAGUACGAGGUGUUGUCGAGGAUGGUUCAGCAAGGGAAGAUGAUGAACAGAGAGGAGUUAGAGAGUUCUCAGAUGCAAACAGAGCCGUGUUCAAUCUGGCUAAACAAUCUCGUGCUCGAUGAUGGUUCGAGUUCGAAACAUGGAGUUCCUACACGUAUGACAUGUUCCCAUGUCUUCCACGAUGGGUGUCUCUUGGAGUGGUUUCCUCUACGUUCUUGA